AUUACGGUGAUGACGCAAAAUACGAUUGGUUGAAAGGCCGACUGGAGCCUGGAGGCGAUUUCUUCUGCGUUAAGCCGUUAACGUUUCUUUCACUGUCUUCAUUACCUAGGGUUUAGAAAAUCUCAAAGAUCUAUAGCUUACUGAUUUUACGACUCAAUUCGAGAAAAUUUUGGGGAGAAAAAAAAAUAAUAAGCGAAGAAAUGGAAUCUUCGGAUCUUAAAGCUCUGGAGAACCGUCCCGGCAUCUUCAUGAUCGGAUCCCCCAACGUUGGCAAACGCUCUCUUCUCUCUCGAUUACUAUCAGUGGAUUUUGAAGAUGCUUCUGGUUCAUCAUCUGAAGUACUUGCCCAUGGGUGGACUAUCAAUACAAAGUAUUACACAGCUGAUGUUUCUGUAUGGAUGGCUCAUCUUCAUGACGAAUUCUCCGUCAGGACCCUCCCAAUUUUCAAACGCCUUGCUGCCUUAGUGAUGAUCUUUGACAUGAGUGAUUUAUCAUCUCUCAUUGCGCUUCAGGAUUGGGUAUCUCGAAAUGAUAUUCAGAAGUUUGAAAUAUUAUUAUGCAUUGGAAACAAAGUGGAUCUCAUUCCAGGUCAUCCGGUUCAUGCUGAGUACAGGAGACGCCUACAGAAACUUGAAGAUUCUUCUGCUGAUCCUCAUACAGGGUUCUAUGAGUUUGGGAUUUCUGAAACUGAAGGAAGUAGCCUUUUGGGUGGUGAGGAUCCUGAUGUGGAAAUCAAGAGGUCUUGUCUUGAAUGGUGCACUGAGCACAACAUUGAGUACAUUGAAGCCUGUGCUGCCAAUGCUGAUUUUGACAAAUGUUUAUCAGCUGAUGGUGAUUCACAAGGAGUUGAACGUCUCUUUGGCGCUCUUUCUGCUCAUAUGUGGCCUGGAAUGAUCCUAAAAUCUGGCAAUAACAUAACUCAGGCAACGUUUCCUAAUAAAGAAGACUUGUCUGAAGAAGAAUCUGAUUAUGAAGUUGAGUAUGAAGUGCUAUCUGCCGGUUCAGCUGAACCAUGGGAUGACACACAUGUGGGAUGGGUUUCUGCAAAUGGUACUAGUUCUGUGUCACAUAUAAGGGGAUCAGUUGAUUGGAAUAAUCGUAUUACAGAACAUGAUGAAGAUAAUUGGAAAAAGCUUGACAAUGAAGAGCUACAGCCCUCAACAUCAAUGAUGGCAUUGCAGGAUGACAAGGAAGUGGUGUCCAAAGCAGCAGAUCCUAACAAAGACACAGAAAUAAAUGAAAUUACUCCUUUUGACUUCGAGGAUUUAGAGCAGAUGAUGUCUGAGAUCGGAAAUAUGCGUAACAACUUGAGGUUUAUGCCUGAUUUUCAAAGGAGAGAAAUGGCUGCAGAACUGGCCAUGAAAAUGGCUGCCAUGUUUGGUGGCGGUAGUGAUGAUGAAGAGGAUCUUGAUUGAACAAAUGGAAAUCAGUGUGACAGUCUUUGGAGUGAUUAGUUUGAGCAUUAUAAACCUGACUACCCACUGUCAACAAUUUCUUUUGGUAAUUGAUCAGUUAAAUCUUCAGACACGGUAAAAGAGACGCGCCUUUAGAAAUUGUAUGAUUGUUUUGCUCACUUCUGGAGUUUUAGUACGAGUGGCUGAUGAGAAAUGAGUGUACCUUGAUUUGUAUAAAGCUAAAUAGAACUAAUUGAUUUCUGGUAUUUUGUAUUUA